CUUUUUUAGACAAAGCAAACAUGGAUACAUUAAAUUUAACACAUGUGUUAGUGACGUUACUAGUUCUUACACCUCUGAUCAUCGCUAAUUGUCCAAAUGGUUGCGAAUGCGAAGAUACGACCGUGACUUGUAAAUUGCCAUCUGCUCGUGCUGUGCCAAAACUUCGUAUACCAAGAAACACAACGAAACUGGAUUUGUCAGGCAACAAUAUUCUCAAUGUACCACGUGAUUCUUUCAAGCAUUUGCCGAAUCUAGAAGAGAUCAACUUGGACGGAAACAAGAUUUAUUUUCUUGAGGAUGGAGCUUUUGAUAACUGCCCGAACCUUCGCGUAAUUUCCUUGGAAGAGAAUAAUCUUCACAUGAUUGAAGACAACGUAUUCUCGGAAGUCGAAAGCCUUGAGAAAUUAUAUCUAGCAAGUAACAGUCUAACAGAACUUCCACAUUUGCAUCAUAACGAGAACUUAACAACAUUGUGUACUUAUGGCAACCAAAUAAAGGCGCUUCCCAAUGACGCAUUUACAAAUAAUACAAAACUGAUUGAACUGAAAAUGAAGAAAAACCUUUUGACCGAAAUCCCACGCAGUGCGUUUGCUGCUGACGUCAGCAAUUUUAAGACACUUAAUCUUGUGGGCAACCGUUUAAGAACCACGCCCUCUGUGGUGAGGGAGAUGACAGGGUUGACUGAACUAUCGCUUUGCUACAACCCGAUAAAGAUAUUUAGUGCUGAAGAUUUUCAUCCGUUGGUAAAUUUGCAAAACCUUUCUCUUGCUGGUGUCGAGUUAGGGGGAUUCCCGCGUGACGUGUUUGUUCUGCCAGAGUUAAAACGACUUGGUCUAAAGAAAAACAAAAUCAGUUCCAACACCCUCGGAAACUUAAACUUUCCCAAACUCGAGUAUUUACAAUUGCAUAAAAACAAGCUGGAUAAUGUUCCAGCUGCAUUCUCGGGGGUUCCGAAUUUAGUUGAAUUGGACUUAAGCAACUGCGAACUGACCGGAGCAGAUAUACUUGCAUUUGAACCUCUUACUCGUCUCAAGUCUUUAAACUUGGGUGACAACUUGUUGACGGCGGUGCCAGUUUUGUCCAACGCCAACUCAAAUAUUGAAAUUCUAAAGUUAAACAAAAACAACAUUACCACGUUUCAUUCAACCAACUUCCAAAACCUUCCCAAUUUGCAAACCCUUGACCUUUCUUAUAAUUCGAUCACCAACCUCCCAUCGACCGCGUUUUCCUCUCAGAGUUUGAGGUGGCUGGAUCUCUCUCACAACGAUCUCACCAGAAUUCCCGACGCUUUAACUUUAUCCAUUGACGCUCUAGCCUCGUCCACUGUUAACCUGAAGACUCUCAACAUCUCGUUCAACCAGAUAUCUGAAAUGCACGCAGAAGAUUUUAAAGGAGUAUCCAGACUGACAACGCUAAGCAUAAAAGGCAACGGUAUCACUACAAUUGCUGGUGAAUGGGUAACAAAACUGAGGAAUCUUAAAACGCUUCACCUGUGCAAGAACAAACUGAGACAGCUAAACAAGAAUGCUCUUGCCAACUUAUCACUUUUAAACGAACUGACAGCGGACGACAAUGAGAUAGAAAAGAUCGACGACGAUACGUUCCAAGGAAACAAAAAGUUAACCAAAAUAUCCCUAAAGCGGAACGGACUUAUCAGCAUUGGCGAUCAGGCUUUGGUGGAACUAAUUAGGCUGGAAGAGAUAUGGCUUCUGUACAAUAAUCUAACGAGAACGCCGAACUUUCGACACAACACAGAACUUAGAGUUCUAGGUCUCUGCAACAAUCCUAUAGGGAAUCUCCCGGACGGUGCUUUUGUUGGACCUUCGAAGUUGGAACUCGUGUUGUUACGUGAUGUCGGUCUUACGCAUUUACAACCAGCAGCAUUUGGAAACGUGGAAGGGAUUAGUUAUUUAAAUCUGGGACUUGGAAACAACUUGACUUCAAUACCGACAUUGAUACGACGCAUGCGUUCAUUAAAAUCUCUGAUCUUGAAAGGAAACCCAAUCCCAAACCUCCAUGUUGCAGACCUUGUUGGCUUAAACAACCUACAAGAGCUACGAUUGGACGACAUGCGUUUAAAAUCAUGUGACGUCACGCAACUUUUUCCCGCCUUACCUGCAUUGAGGACUUUGUACCUUGCCGGCAACCCCUGGGAGUGUGGGUGCGGGAUGCAAUGGUAUGCCCUUGGUAUUGAUGGCGCAAGAGCUAAAAUUCAGACAAAGGACAGAAAGCAAAUAGUUUGUGCGAGUCCACAACGACAGGCUGGGAGGAGGAUUGAUUAUCUGAGGCUUGGUGAUUUCAAACAAUGCUUACCCAGUGUUGUGAAGACGGUGACGGCAACUACAGCGGUUGUGUCUCUACCAUAUAUUGGUAUGCUGGCCUCAGAUAAUGUUGAUGCAUUUCAUGCUGUAUCGUACACCCCAUUGAAUGGUGGGCACGAGAAAAGGAUUAAAGUACGAAAUCACAGAAGAGAAGUAACCUUGACGGGCCUCGAACCCCAAACCCGAUACUUAGUGUGCACUGCUACUGUGACGGUCACUGGUGGGUCGGGAAAUACAGGAACAUCAAGAAAAGGGAAAGAGCUCUGUAAGAAGUUCAUGACUUCUGGUGCAUCUGCAAACCCAGAUGAAUGGGACGACACGUUGUUGGAUGAAACAGUUAAAGGAGGUCUAUCUGAUGAUGAUUUAGUCAUCAUGUACGCUGUACUUGGAGCGGUCCUGGGAUUCAUUAUUCUUUGUGCUUUAGGCGCCGCUACUAUUUGGUGCCGCAGGUCACGUUCAGAAAUGCGGAACCAAUUUGCCAACAUAUCGGUUUCCGAAGACGGGGGCGACGACCUGCAUCGGGGUAACGGAAGGAAUGGCGAUUAUUCAAACAAUCCACCGAGUGGGGAAGACAAUAAGAUUCACACAAAGUCUGACGUCAUGAUGAUGCCGACAAGAGGGAAGGAAGGACUUCCAAAUAUGGCGUAUGACGUGUCGGGGGAAGUCCCAAAAGGAGUCCGCACAAAGCUGUAACUUGAUAUUUUGUAAAUAUUUUGAUGUUUAUUUCUUCGAGAUGCUUGUACGGUAAACACUUCGCAUUGGCGUCAUUUUUAAUCUGAUAUUGAGUCAUAAAACAGCACGCGAAUAAUUGUUUUAACGGCAUAAUGUAAUGUCAGUAGUUUCCGUGGCGUGGCAUCUAAUUGUUGUGGCAUGGGAGUGUAAGUCACGUCUUCCUGUGGUGCGGUAAGCCACAGUGUAAACUCCCAUGUUGCGUACCACCGCUACCAUGUACACAUUGUAUAUUGUGAUUAACUUGUUUAAAGUUCCGCGAAAAUAAUGAUUUAGUGAUUUGUAACAUGAUUUGUUGGUGUAAGUGUCCGCAAUAAUGUUUCUCCUUCUUGUUUUCUACGUCAUUCGGUAACCCCAAGCGCCAUUCUCUUACAUUUCGAAGAAGUAGAUACAAUUGACGUAAAUUGCUACCGCUAUGUCAUUCCGUAAUUGCUGCCCUAACAUUACAUUGACUUUUAACUCCGCUGUUGUAUAAUAUUAAAAGGUCACGUUUGCAUA